CCGAAACAAUGACGCGGCGGUGCGUACGCCGCCGGUGUCUUCCCGUUGUGCGGUUUCCUUUCCUGCAAACGAACGGAACCCACCGGACCGCACCGCACCGACGCAGCGCAGGCAGAUGGAUUGGUUCAAUAAAUGAGGCAGAGAAAACGAUCUUCUUUCGUUCUUCCGAUCGAGGGAAGGAAAACCGAAAACCGAAUGACGCUAUUUUUUUCUAUCUACGGGGCCGUCUACCGUGCGGUGGAGUAGCGGCCCUUCCGGCAUUGGCCAAACACGGAUCGAGGAAUCCUAACUAUUUUUUUCAAUCCAUCAUUCCGUACGGUGCGAUCGUACGGGACGGUUAGGUGAGCGAGGAAUCCUUUCGCAAUCGUUCACGUGUUGGGUUUUGUAUUCCGUUUGCCUUCCCAGGACCGAAAGCAAAGCAUUGGCAGGCAGAUUGCCGUCCCGGGGGAAAGAUAUUGUUGUUGUGAGAGACAAACGGCGGUCCCCGAUACGAUACGAUACGAUACGGUGCGACCACGGGUACGAUACGAAACGAAACGAUACGAUACGACGCGAUACGACACGACCACUACUACGGCACCGCAAUUGCCUGUGUACGAGCACGAUACACUCGUAGGCUUCCGGAGAUCCAUCCGCAGCGUUCCGUCCAAUAACAUUGCAUUGCAUUGCAUUCGGUUCCGCCCGGUCCGCGCAACCCGAGUGACAUCUCUUCCAACGCACCCAAACUACGACGCCAUUUGCACUCGGUUGCGCCGCAUUCCGUUCCGUUCCGAUCCAAGGCAUCGCAUCGCAUCUCAUCGCAUCGGACCGACACCCGGGCCGAAAUACCCCGCCCAUCGUUCCAAUCACACGGCAGAGGGAGUGCUUUGCCACACACUCCAACGCAACCACAAACGCAAACGCAAACGCAAACGCAACCACAACCACAUCGCAUCAGUAAACACCGCGAAGAAGGGACCAAAGCCAACCUGCAAAGCCAACUUCCACCGUCGUUUGUACUGUACCCUAGAUGCCGAAGCACACCAUUGGCCAUUGCGAAGCGAAGCGAAGCCAACCAAUAAGCGCGAACCCACACAACACAACACAGCGCAGCGCAGAGGUUCCGCCGCGUUGCUCCACGAACGACAGCGUAGCAGCAUAGCACACUAGCACCACCACCAUCAGCAGCAGCAGCAAGCCUGGAAGGAAGAAAGCCACCGGGGGGGGUUCGUUUCCAUUCGUUUCGUUUCGAACCAAUUCCAAACGAUACGAUACCACACGAUACCAUACCAUUCGAUACCACACGAUACCAUACAAUAGCACACCGAACCGAAGCAUGAGCCCGAGGGAAGAAGGCGCAGCGGGGGGGGAAACGGGACGAGCAGCGGCCAAGGGAUCCGUCCCACCCGUUCGAGUGGGGACGGCCACGCCGAGGAAACCGCCAACGCUGGCGGUGGUCACCUCGUGCGGAACCCGCUCGGAGAAAGACGCAGCUGCAGACGCAGCAGCAAACGCAAACGCAAAAGCCUACGCAGGGGUUGCUUUGGACCGGUCCCCUUCCAGCAACGCCGCGGCCGCCCUGCUGGUGGGCAUGGCGAGGAUGACGAAGCACCGGCGGGAGGACCCCUUUGGAAGCAGCGACUAUGUCGGUUGCGCCGUUCGCCACUCUGUCGGCCACACUGGCAGCCAUUCGGUUGGCCACACCACCAGCGGGACCGGUGCGUUUGGCUCUCUGUAUCCCGCGCCGCCGGAGCCGAGGGGCGGUGCCGGGAAUCCCCCCGGUCCGCUCCACGUCCCGGGCACCAUUCAGGGCACCCUGCAGGGCACCAUUCAGAGCACCCUCCAGGGCAUUCCAAGCCGUCCGCCUUGUGCUUUGGGAGAAUCCGCGGCCCACACCGCCACGCUCAACAGCAAGCUCCGGAUCAGCAGCAGCGAGAUGCGGAUCAUCGUCGGCGUCGAGGAACACUGGCGGGCCAUCCGGCGGGAGGUGUCCAAGCAGACGGAGGAAAGGGAACCGGAAACGGAACCGCAAACGCAAACGCCGCUUUCUCUGUCUCUGGCGCAAAGCAAGGCGCCCGCCAGAGCUUCUUCCCCCG